GUAAACAAUCGUCAUAGCAACCGCAACGUUUUUGUGCAUUGUAUUUGUAGCUCUCGUAGUUCGGAGCUGAAAAUGUGCCAAACGUCUGCGUGUCCUCUUCCUGACAAGAGCUAGCGCUGCGCUGCGUAUUUGAACUGCCAGCUAGUGCCCAUGAAGACUGCUGGGAUGCUGAAGGCCGUAAUUCUAAUCGGAGGGCCUCAAAAGGGCACGCGUUUUCGACCGCUCUCUUUCGACAUCCCGAAACCACUAUUCCCGGUCGCAGGCCGCCCGAUGAUGCAACAUUUGGUCGAGGCAUGCUGUGGUCUGCCAGGCGUGCGUGAGGUUUUGCUCAUCGGCUUCUACCCGGCCGACGAUGCAGACUUGACGAGGUUUGUGAAAAGUGCCAGCCGCGAGUACGGCUUGCCAGUGCGCUACCUCCAGGAGUACGCGGCACUGGGCACGGCUGGCGGCAUUCACCACUUCCGCGACCAGAUUCGCAGGGGCGAUCCAGAGGCCUUUCUGCUUAUCCACGGUGACGUAUGUGGUCAUUUCCCGUUGUCAGAAAUGUUGGAAUUCCACCGGUCGCUGCCCGCAAGCAACCUGGUCACCGUGCUGGCCACCGAGGCAACGCGCCAACAAUCGCUGAGCUACGGCUGCAUAGUCGAAGACAAGGCGACGCAUCGGGUGCUGCACUACGUCGAGAAGCCUUCCACAUUCGUCAGCGCCGUAAUAAACUGUGGCGUCUACCUGUGCAGCCCGGACGUGUUUCACAGGACUGGGGCAGCGCUGCGCGACCGACACGCUCGAGAGGGCGACAGUAGUCUUGACGCGCUCAGCUUGGAGCGCGACGUGCUGGCGCCGCUGGCUGCCGCCGGCCGACAGCUGCACGUCUUUCAGACGAAUCGCUGGUGGAGUCAGCUCAAAACGGCCGGAUCAGCCAUCUACGCCAACAGGCACUACCUCGAGCUCUACCGCCUGGAGCACCCGGAACGUCUAGCGCAGCCGCGGCCCGACGGGCCCACAAUAUUGGGCGACGUGUUCGUGCACCCGUCAGCGUGCGUGGACCCCAGCGCCACACUCGGGCCGAACGUGUCCGUCGGACCCGGGGCGCGCAUCGGAGCCGGUGUGCGCAUCCGCGAAUCGCUGGUGCUCGCCAACGCCACUGUCUGCGACCACGCGCUUGUCCUUCAUUCCAUUGUGGGCCUCGACAGUUCGGUCGGCGCCUGGAGCCGCGUAGAAGGAACACCCUGUGACCCCAACCCGGACCGGCCCUUUGCCAAAAUGGAGAAUGUGCCGCUGUUCAAUGCCGAUGGUCGCCUGAAUCCUUCGAUCACAGUGCUCGGCUGCCAUGUCAGUGUGCCUGCAGAGGUCAUUGUGCUCAAUUCCAUUGUACUACCUCACAAGGACCUAGCUCAAAGCUACAAAAAUGAGAUAAUCCUUUAAGGGUAAGCCUAUAGCUUGGAGACAUGAAAGCUAGCUUGUGAAAAGGAAAACACUUUUAUGGUUUGCUAUGAACUGUGUUUGUGGCAUUUGGGAAUGAAACAUGGAUGACUCGGGAUAAAUGGCACACUGUGGUCUGUUGUCGGAGGGAACACAGGAGUACGUGGACACUAAUGUGAGGGGCUGAGCAAUCACACAUGUUCUCUGUGGGCUUGGCUGACAGUAUGAUUCAUUUGUCUGGUGUACGCACUUGCUAAGAAUGCCAAGCCAUUUUUCGCUAAUACAGGGUACGCAUUGACAUUUAUGCAUCACUGUUUUGACACUGGUUAGAAAUAAAGAAUAAACUUCUUUACUUAGAAGGUAGCUUAGGAGAGGUGCCCUUAGUCCGGGAUCUCUUGAGCUCAGGAAAGUCUGAAUUUAUAUAAGGUGUUGCAGAGAAACAAGUUCUAAUCGUUUCUUAUAUAAACUGUCUGCCCAUCUGUCGGGAAAUGUUACACCACUAGCUGCUCACCUGUUCUUUAAUUUCGUGUAAUCUUGCCAUCGUAUUCAGACUACUCUCGUAAAUUGCAGUGAAUGAUGUACACAUUUUUCAACAUUUGGUCUUGCUGACGACCUCGUUUUUAUAUUUUAUAAGGAGGUCGUGGUCUUACUAUUGCUUUACAAUGAUACGGUGUAAAUUUCAGCUGAGAGACGCCAUAGUGGAAGGCUCCGUAAUCGUUGCCCAUCCGGUGUUCAGUGAACGUGCACUGAUGUCACACGCUACACAGGCCUCUACCACUUCGCCUCUAUCGAAAUGCGACCCCCACAGCCAGAAUUGAACCCAUAACCAUCAGGUCUGCAGCCAAGCACCAUAAUGACUACCCCGCCACGGUGGACAACACUGUGUAUGUUUGGAAACCCGCAAGAAGAUGAGAAAAAAAUGUUGUAUUGAGGAAAAGGUCAAAACUUUUACAAAAAAGAAACUGAAACAAGAAGAUGUUGUGAACAAAUGAGCAGCUACAUCAAACUCACAUGCAAGAGGGGCAGAGGCACCUUUAGUGACCUGACAUGCAUCAUCAAGCCAAACAGCCUCAGAAACACUGUCAACACCAAGCAGCAAGAGAUAGUGGACAUUGAUUUGAAGAUUCAGGAAAAGCAGCAAGGAGUGACGUAUUGAACUACUCCUUAAUUUUACCUAUCUUAUCUUGCAUGUUGUGUCAUACUGAAAAAAGUUUGGAUUUUGUGUCAUACUGAAAGCAAUUAUCUAUGUAACUUUAAGAAACUAUAACUGAAAGUUGUCUAGAAAGAAAGUUUCAUAGGAGCCAGUUUUCCGGUGAUUUCUCCAGCGUUGUUACCCUUUUUUGAUGAAUUCUAGUUGUUUCAAGCCUCUGUUCUCCCGUCGAGAUAGGUCAACUGAGUUUGUCACAGACAAUGUGAUCCUUGAAAAUUCACACACAUAGACUUAAAAGUCCUUGAAAACCCUUGAGUUUUCAUUAUGUAAACGAGCGGGAACCCAGUUUAACAAAAGAACCUAACAAUUACUCAUAAUCAGUCCACAAUACCCCUGAAGCAAGCUCGUAUACAGCACUUGCUAGUGCCUUCUAAAUAUUUUGUAACAGCAGGAUUAAGUAUUGCAAUGACUAUAGUCUCAAGGUGGUAAACAACUAUUGAAUAAAUGUGAUGUCUAAACA